AUGUCCACCCCAAUGGAAGUUCUCGAAAACCAACUCCGCAACUUCGUCCUAACAGAUGGAGAAGGUCGACGCGCGGAGAAUCCAAUCGUGGUCUUGCAAGAGGAAAACCAACAACUUCGUCAGCUACUGGAAAUCUCCCAGCAACAGGUAGCGUCUCUGGAGGAAAAUCUGAAGAAGAUGACUGGUGAGAAGACUGAACUCGAUUCACUCAAAGUCCAGAUCGAGGACUCUCUACACUUGGAAAUCCAAAACAACGAAAUAGCACGCACGGCGAUUGAAAAUCUGCAGGGACAAGUCGUCUGGCUAUCCACCCAACUACAAGAGAUUCAUUACCGGUUAUUGCCGAACCAGUGA